AUGCAAUGGUGUUCUGAAGAUGAUCGGACAACAAGCGGAAAUACUGUCAGCUUUUGGCAUAAAAUUAUUGAUUCAAGGAAUGAGGAUUUGGAUGGCAUAGAGAAGAAUCUCUUUCUCACCAAUUUUCACUUGAUCUACGAAGAUGGGAAUUUCAAAAUUGCCACCGGACAACGAGGCGAUUAUUAUUUGAUCUUUCGCUAUGCAACAUCG